UGCGGGGGGACAGGAUGCGGUGCUGCCGCCUCUGCACGUUCGACGCCGCCCGAGGGCCCCGGCGGCUAAUGCGUGUGGGCCUCGCGCUGAUCCUGGUAGGCCACGUGAAUCUGCUGCUGGGGGCCGUGCUGCACGGCACCGUCCUGCGGCACGUGGCCAAUCCCCGCGGAGCCAUCACGCCCGAGUACACCACCGCCAAUGUCAUCUCCGUGGUCUCGGGGCUGCUGAGUGUUUCCGUGGGACUUGUGGCCCUCUUGGUAUCCAAGAACCUCCUGCGCCCGACACUGCACUGGGCCCUGCUGGCACUCGCGCUGGUGAACCUGCUCCUGUCGGCCGCCUGCUCCCUGGGCCUCCUCCUUGCCGUGUCGCUCACCGUGGCCAACGGUGGCCGCCGUCUUAUGGCUGACUGCUACCCGGUACCACCCGAUGAGGGGCCUGGACACACUGACUGCCCCUUUGACCCCACGAGAAUCUAUGAAACAGCCCUGGCCCUCUGGGUCCCUUCUCUGCUCAUGUCCGCCGCGGAGGCCGCCCUGUCCGGCAGCUGCUGCGUGGCUGCACUCACCCUCCGAGGAGUUGGGCCCUGCAGGAAGGAAGGGCUUCAGGGGCAGCUGGAGGAACUGACAGAGUUUGAACCUCCUAAACGUAAAAGGCACGAAAACGUACAGCUGCUGGGUCAAAGUCAGGAAAUCCAGGCACCGCAGAAAAGCUGGGCUUAGGACAGGCGCUGCUCCACGGCUCAGUCCCUGCACAAGGGUUUCCCUCUGAGCAAGGGGCCCUGAACCAGGAUGAUGCGAACCAUAGUAAUAAAAGAACUUCUCUUCUCUUC